UCUGAGUAUCAUCUCCUUACACACACUUCACAAAACAGUGUCAUUUGUUCAGUCUUAAUAAUGUCAUUGUGUGGAUUUUUCUUCGCAUCACUUCUCAUCUUUCCGGCUCAAUUUCUCCAAACCUGUGCAGGCGGAGAUUUGGUUCAUGAGGCUCCUCCCGCUCCGGAGUUGGUGCAGGUGUCCUCAGGUGUGUCCUCAGUUGUAGUGUUACGAUGUCGCGCCCCUCCGGGUCACAGGGGUCGAGUGUUUCAGCUCUACCGGGUGCGAACACUCACACACUCGCUUCAGUCUGAAACGCAGCGCUCGUACGUCGACUUCCAGGUCAGCACCAAUGCCACAGACACACAGGAGAUCUACUGCUGCCGUUACGACCACAGCGUGUACAGCCCCUACACACGCCUCCUUCUUCCAACACGCACAAAUACACCUCCUAUUCCUCCUCAUCUCUCAGUCAUGCCCCCAGAUGGGCAUGUACGACCUGGUCAGGUGGUAGAGUUCCAUUGUCAGGCCCUGCCCACUGUCACUCCUGUGGCAUUUGUCCUCCAAAAACAACAAAGGGAAGAAGAGGACAUUCAAAUCGUGAGCCAUUCUACUUAUCCUCACUUCAGGGUGGGACCAGUGGGUGUGGCUGAUAGAGGCAUCUACACCUGCUUCUACCAACUGACCAAACCAGAGGGAGUUCAAAACUCUGCCCCCAGUUCACCUGUUUCUGUUAACAUAAGAGUUGUGCUCCCAGCUCCACAUUUAUCUCAGGGGGCAGAGGGUACAUUAGUGUGCACCGGGUCUCCCUCCUACCCUGGUGCUCAUUUCUCCCUGUUCCAACAGGGUUCUUCGUCACCAUUAGCAACAAAAACUGCCCACAUGAUUCAGCACAGCAUGCGAUUUGCUGCAUCAGGACAGCUUGAGGAUGGGGGCAGAUACCAGUGUCAGUACAGUGUGCUGCUGGGUAAUAAUUGGGAACAUUCUGAUCUCAGCUCCCCUAUUCAACUGCCCUGUGUUACAGGAUCUCUUUCCUGCAGCACAAUUUCUGCAGAUAACCAUCCUCCACACACAGGUUUGAUGGACCUGCCACUUGUAUUUGGCUCCAUUGCCACUGUAUUGCUUUUCCUGAUGGUGUUCAUCUUCCUGUGGGUUGGGAUUCGCAAAUACGCUAAGUCAGCAGCCGAAAAAAGAAGGCAAAGGGAACAGGACCAGUUCUGGAAGCAGGUCCACUCCAGAGACCACAUCAUCGAUCUCACACUACAGAGAGUCAGCACUGGCUCCAAGGAAGAUGAAGCAGCAGCAGAGUCAGAGCCCAUCUACGACUGUCCACUCAGCACAUUCACUCACCCACCUGCCUACUGACUCUCUGUCUCACUCUCUGUCUGUCUCUCUGUCUGUCUCUGUCUGUCUCUCUGUCUCACUCUCUGUCUGUCUCUCUGUCUCACUCUCUGUCUGUCUCACUCUCUGUCUGUCUCUCUGUCUGUCUCACUCUCUGCCUGUCUCUCUGUCUCACUCUCUGUCUGUCUCUCUGUCUGUCUCUGUCUGUCUCUCUGUCUCACUCUCUGUCUCACUCUCUGUCUGUCUCUGUCUGUCUCUCUGUCUCACUCUCUGUCUGUCUCACUCUCUGCCUCACUCUCUGUCUGUCUCUCUGUCUCACUCUCUGUCUGUCUCACUCUCUGCCUGUCUCACUCUCUGUCUCACUCUCUGUCUCACUCUCUGUCUGUCUCUCUGUCUCACUCUCUGUCUGUCUCUCUGUCUGUCUCACUCUCUGCCUGUCUCUCUGUCUCACUCUCUGCCUGUCUUUCUUUGUGUCCCUCAGCCACAUUGUGUAGUGAGAGCGUCACACACAGAGACAGGUACACACCCGAGUGGGCGGAGCAUGCAGAUGACAUGGCUGGGUUUUGCGUGUAGUUGCUGUCGUUUCUUUCUGACACAAAGGGAAAAGUCAUUAUUAUAACUUUCUUUUUAUUCUUUCUUCAUCAUCCUUUCAUUACACAACCUUCAUCACUCUUCCUUAUUUACUCAUGUUUUCCUCUUUCCUCAUCUCAUUAUUUCCUUUCAAUCUAUAAUUUGUUUUUCUUACAUGCCUCAUUCAUUCAUUCUUUUUCUCCUUUAUUUCUCUCUCUCUCUCACUCUCUCUCUCUGUAGCAUUUGCAUGAUUUGCAUUGUGUUUCUUUGUAUUUAAAAUGCUUAUGUUAAUUAUGUCCUUUAAAAAUAAAUGAAUGCAUUAUUAAUAUUUUAUAGAUGAAUACAAACACACACUCUCUCUCUCACACACACACACACACUCUCUCUUUCACACACACACACACAAACUGUAGAGUGUUAAAUGUUCAUGAGCUGUCAUAAAUGUUUACAUCUCAGGUCAGUCUGCAGGUGUUCAUUACUGACUGUAGCUCACUGUGAGAAAUGCAAAAUAACAGACUGUUAAUGCCACUGAACAGAAAUUACACGUCUGUCUGUCUGUCUGUCUGUCUGACUCUCUGUCUGUCUGUCUGUGGCUGUGUUCCAAUACAUCUUUUACUGUCUCCAUGUUGAAGAGAGGUGUGUAUUAGACACUUGUACACUUUUUUCACAUGUCUAGUUAAAGCUUGAGUAAGUCAACAAACUGUACAAUCCAUUAUAAAGGGCAUUAAAUACUUUAAUAUUGACACA